GAGAAGUCACUCCGCGCAGGCGCAGGCACAAUCUCCAGACCAAGGAUGCGCGCGGAUUUUAGUCGCCAUUAGAAUAGCACAGAUUUAGGGACCCUGUCCCGGGUCCUGAGAGGUAGCCCCGCGUGUGGCCAAGCGCGGCAGGGCCCUUUCGCCAGUGCGUCUUAGAAUGUGUGCUGCUCAGCUUGUGUCUGAAGGAGAUACAGAUAUGAAUACCACAGUGGAAGGGAGAGAUGCUGGAGAGACCGCAUCCUUGAAUGAGGCAAUGGCCACUUGCCCAAGUCCUCAAAUUACACCUCCGUGUGAACAAGAUAAAGUCCCAAGUGCAGAGGACCCUAGGGAGCAAGAAACCAGCCGAGGAAGAGACACAUUAGACCCUGCAGUUUCUCAUCAGAACUUGAGAUGGUUUCAGCGCCCUGGAGUAGCUCCACCCCAAGACGAGGAGCUGAGCCAAAUCCGGGAGCUCUGUAUGCAGUGGAUGGAUCCUGAGACUCAUGCCAAAGAGGAUGUUCUGGACAUGCUGGUGCUGGACCAAUAUGUGAUUGUCCUGCCCAGAGAGGUCAUGACUUGGGUGAAGUCACAGCCUUCGGAGAACAGUGAGGAGGUGGAGAUCCUCUUGGAAGAUUUGAGCCAGAUGUUUGAGGACAACGUUCUACCUUCUCAGGACUCUGCUGUUUCCCACGAUCAGAGCUCUGCAGAAGAGGGAGCAGCUUCCAGGCCCCUGCCAGAUGAAUCCCAGGAUGCUGUGACAUUUAAGGAUGUGGCUGUAAUGUUCAGUCGGAAGGAAUGGUGGCAUUUGCAGCCAACCCAGAUGGAGCUGUACAGGGAUGUGAUGCUGGAGAACUAUGAGAACAUGGUCUCUGUGGGGCUUCUUACUUCUAAGCCAGAAUUGAUAUCCCAGUUGGAGAGAGGAGAAGCGCCAUGGAUGCGGAGCAGGAAUGUCUCCAGAGGUCCUGGUGCAGGUUCGGAGACCAGGUUUGUUACAAAAGAAUCAGCUCUAAAACAGGGCAUUUGUUUGAAAGACUUGUCUCAGGAAAGGCUCUCAAGAGAUGGUCCCUGUGCCUCUACAUGUGAGGAGGGUAGGUUGGAAAAGAAGCAAGACAACCAAGAAAGACAAUCUAGUCAAGUAACAAUAGAACAGGAGAAAACUUCUAAGGUGAGAAGACCUAGGUGUAAUAUAUUUAGGAAAUACUUCAGACCAGGGUCAGGCCUUGUUACAAAAAAGAAAGUUCCUUCAGGAACAAAUCUCCGUAAAUAUACUAAACACAAAAUGAGCCUCAAACAGUAUUUAGACCUAGUUAGAAGUAAAAUGAUGACCCCAGAGAAGAAACGUAAUUAUAAGGUAAGGCCGAAGACCCGAAGUUACUACUCAAAUCUUUUUAAGGCUCGUAGGAUACCUCCUGGAAAAAAAGGCUACAAGUGUAAAGCAUGUGGGAAAACUUUCAUCUACAAUUCAUCUCUUACUCGACAUCUGAGAAUCCAUACUGGGGAGAAACCCUACAAAUGUUAUGAAUGUAAGAAGAGCUUUAGGCGGCGCUCAUUUUUCAAUCUACAUAAGCGAGUUCAUACUGGAGAGAAACCUUUUAAAUGUAAUGAAUGUAAUAAAGCUUUCAUCCGAGACUCAUCCCUUUUUAAGCAUCAAAUAAUUCAUACUGGAAAAAGACCCUACAAGUGUAAUGAAUGUAAGAAAGCCUUUACACAGAGGGGACUACUUACUGAACAUCAAAGGACUCAUACUGGAGAGAAACCCUUCAAAUGUGAUGUGUGUAGGAAAAACUUCAGCCACAAAUCAUCACUUAUUCAACACCAGAGAAUUCAUACUGGAGAAAGAACCUUCAAGUGUAAUAUAUGUGAAAAGGCCUUCAACCAGAGCACACGCCUAACUGAACAUAAAAGAAUUCAUACUGGAGAGAAACCCUAUAAGUGUAAUAAAUGUGAGAAGGCCUUCACUCAGAGAACACAUCUCAAUGAGCAUCAGAGAGUUCAUACUGGAGAGAAGCCCUAUAAAUGUAGUCACUGUGAGAAAGCUUUCAGCAACAGCUCAUCCCUUACUCAACAUCUUCGAAUUCAUACUGGAGAAAAACCUUAUAAAUGUAAUCAAUGUGAGAAGGCAUUCAGUCAGAACUCAUCGCUUAUCAUACAUCUGAGAUUCCAUAGUGGGGAAACACCCUUUAAAUGUAAGGACUGUGGGAAGGCCUUCAGCCGUAACUCAUCCCUCACGAGGCAUCAGAAAACUCACAGCGGGGAGAAACCUUUCAAGUGUAAUGAAUGUGGGAAAGCCUUUGGUCGGAACUCAUCCCUUACCGAUCAUCAGAAAAUCCAUACUGGAAAGAAACCUUAUAAGUGUAGUGAAUGUGGCAUAUCCUUCAAUCAGAAUACUCGCCUUAUUGAGCAUCAGAGAAUACAUACUGGAGAGAAGCCCCACAAAUGUGAUUUGUGUAAGAAAGCCUUCAGGAGUAGUUCAGCUGUUCUCCGGCAUCAGAGAAUUCAUAGUGGAGAAUAAUGGAGUAGGAUCAUACAUGGGGAAAGAUUCAGUCACGCUUGUCACUUAUUAAAUACCCUAGAGUCAAAUGAUCACAAUCUGCCCCUUGGGAAUUAGAGAGAGGAGAUUUCCCUCUUCCCUGUAGUACACUACCUGCUUUCAAGCCACAGAUUUGCAUAAGUUGAACAAGAAGGAGCAUUGUUGUGAGAUCUGUAGUAGUAGAAGUACCAAGCCUUCUAAAAUAACUAACAAAGGAAGGAAUCUUUAUUAAGUUUCCAACUCUAGAAUUAGAACGACAGGGCAAUAUCUGUGAGUAAAGGGAUAAAAGAAAGUCCUGCUAAAGUAAAUGCAUAUUUUAAAAGUAUCCCUGUUACUUUCGGUGUGCACAAACUAGUUGUGGGCACAUCCCUGUGAAAUAUCUUCAGAUUCUUGUAUAUUUCACCCUGAAACAAGUUCCUAGAGUUAGGUGGAAGAGUGGAUAGAAUUUUUUCUGGGGCCUGGCACUAGAUCUAGGAGAUGGAAAAGAUGAGGCAGGACCCCCUAGUUUAGGAGUGAAGAAGAUAGAAAGUUGUUUUGGAGCUAAAGAAACUCAUUUCUUUUGCCUCCCAGGAUAGUGGUGAGAGUUGUGCUAGAUACCUCCUUUGAUUUCUUGGCAUUCUCUUCUCUGUACCCCAGGGAUUCCAGUGCCCUAUGUUGCCUUCUGACUACCCAGAGUCCUUCACUGUAUCCUCCAGUCAUCCCUAUCUUCUUUCACAAUGUCUUACAUUCUAGAAUUGCAUCUUUCUUGCCUCCUCCCAUCAGGGCUUCCCUUUCCUCAGUGCAUCUUAAUAUGGAAAGCCAAUUUAUACUCCAUUCCCAAAAUUUGCCUUUCAGCCUGUUCCUUGGAGGUUGAGCUAUCACUUACUGGGUGAUAUUGCCUCCAGGCUGUGGGCCAAGGGGCCCAUAGAUUUCCGCCAUGCCUGAGCCUAGCCUUUAAGAAGCGAGGGUUUUGCUUCUUUACAGUUGUAAUAGGAUCAGAGCAGGUGAGCUGAACAUGUAGACUUUGAGCCAUGUGGAGAAAUAGAUGAGGUUUCCCUGAGGCCCUCCCUUCCUUUUCCUGUUUUUGUCCACUCCUGUCUUCUCUCCUCAGGGGCCUUGUCUGCUUAAUCUUGAAUCAGGUAUUAGUAGCUAAGGGAACAUUUGUGGCAGCAUCAUAGUAUGACAGAUCUAGAGUGGUAGGACCUUUGAGAACAUCUAGUCCAACUAGCUCAUCUUAUUGGUGAUAGAAGAGUUCCAGAAGAGGGAAAUGACCCACUCAGGGUCAUGCAGGUGACAAAUAGCAUAGUCAGGAUUCAAAUACAGGCCCUCUGACUUAAAAUCCAAUGUUCCUUUCACCAUACCCUGUCUCCACUGAGCAGUUGUUUCAACAAGUACACCAGACUAGUUGAAAAGUGGUUGCCAUGAGGCCUUGCCUUUCUCCCUUAACCAUGGUCUCUUUCUGAGAGUGUUUCUUUUGCUUUAGUCGACCCCAUUUUCAAGUUUGUAAUUAGGUUCUCCCACAAUGUGACACCGUCAUAAUACUGGUGCUUUCCAGUUUACAAAGCACCUUUCCUAUGACAACCUGUAUAGUUCUCCCCUACAGUAGGGGCCACUUAUUCAUCUCUGUUAAAAUCAACCCUGCUCAGGUAUUGGCUAAUAACUCAGGUGUGAGUUGAUGAGUAAUUAAAUGGUAACCCCAUCACUUAAUAAGUUGAAACAAUCAGUGGGAUUAUAGUUGACAACUAUUUCCCAUGGUUUUAGUCCCACCUCUUUAUCAUACCCUGGGGAUGGCUUUGGUAACAACACAUUGCCUCACCCUGUGAAAACAAACCUCUACCUGCUUUCUUUGAAACUUGACUCCCUAGAUCAAGCUGAUUUCAGAACCCCAGCAAGCCUUUUAUUUCUCUAGGUCUUAAGCUGUCCCUAUCUUCUUUUCUGUUGUCUCUGAUAUUGCUAAACUAACUGUUAGGAUAAUUUAGACAUCAUUCCCCAGUGAUUCCAAAUUCACUCAUAUCUUAAACUGUUUUGCUUCUUAUGUUCUUCCCUCUAUAUCUUAGUUUAAUUCAUGAUCUUGAGGUACAUUGAGAGGUACCAUGUCCAAAAUGAGUGAGGUUAUAGUCUUAUAGUCUGCCAUGGGCAGAACCCAUCUCAAGUUCUAUGUUCAGUUUGGGGUGUCAGUUUUAGGAACAACUUUGGCAUUAGAGCACAUGCAGAAGAAGGUGAUAUGGAUGAUGAGGGUAAUGAAGAAUGUGCUACAUGAAGAACCAUUGAAGGAAAUGAAUAGUGUUUAGCUUAGUUAAGGGGAUGUGUUGUCAAGUAUUUGAGCCAGAAAGGGAGAUUCAGCUUGUUCUGCUUGGUCCCAGAAAGCAGAAUUAGGAGCAGUAGGUAAAAAUUGUCCCAACUCUGAGAUUUUCUAAUGUUGUGAUUCUCUCUAAACCUUCUUAAAGCCAGUUUUGCAGAGCUUGUGUAAGCAAAAAAAAAAAAAAAAGCCAGCAGUAGAAGAAAAAUAGCUUUGAGAUUCCAACCUGGAACACUUCCAGUAAUGACCAAAGGAGAUUUUCUCUACCAAAUGGAGACAGAUAAGACCCUGCCUCAGAGAAGGUAAACUGCUGGAAGGCAGACUUCUGGUGCCUUAUUUUCUUCAUAGCCCUGAGUCUAGGGCCAAGCUUGUUUUGGCAUCUCCCAAAGACUUACUGAUUCAUUGAUUAUAGUCAAAAGAUUCUAGUCAUUUAAAUCUCUUCAAAACCCUUUCGUAAGGAGCCCCUGGGAAUGUAAUCAAUAGAAAUUCAACUGUCCAACUCAAACUUUUUCUUUAAGUCUUUAAGAAGAUGGUUUUAAUUGGUCAGAGCAAUUCUAGCCCUGGCCCUUUUGGCCCCAGUCAGUGGGGACUUGGAGUCCAGGUGUCAGGGAGAAGGAGAGCAUCUCCAGAAUGGACUGUCUAUUGGAAAGUAAAUUUUUUCAUCAUUUGUCCAAUCCACAGAAAUCUAUCAGGGCUGAAUCAACAGAAGCAGUAAGAGGUUUCAGGAUCUCUUUAGUGGCAUUUAUUCUGGCUUCUUGUGUGGACUUCAGGGGAGAUGCCCUCCUAGAAUCCCAAGGAGACCUUAGGGGUCAUCUAGCCAACUUGUACCCAAAGCAGGAACUCUGUCCUGAAGCAGAAAUCCUUGGCAAGUAAGAUGGAGCAGUGCAAAGAUCGCUGGAUAGAGUUUGAGGACCAGGGCUUAAGUCCUGGGCUUGGUCACUGUCGGUGUGACCUUAGGUAAGUCACUUAACCCCUCAGUUUCCUCACUUGGAAAAUGAGGGGUUUGAACUGCAGUUACCUCUAAGGUCCCUCAACUCUAUCUGUCAUCCUUCAAUCCAUCCUUUGCUGAGAGAUCACAUUUCUUUCUUUGCUCCAUCUGCUUCCACAUUUCAUUUUUGGAUGCCUCUUCCAAAGGAUGUGAGUCUCCUCAGAGUUGUGUUCACUAAAGGCUGGACAGCCCAAGCAAUCUUGGUCAAUUUGACCCUUUAAGACUUAAACAUUGCCCAAGAUGGGACUGCCGAAGCCAGUGCUGGGCAGGUAGGCACUGAGGCUUGAAUUCAGCCAGUGCCAGCUUUGAUGCAUAGAUGCCUUUUGACCCCAUUCUCUUGUCUCCCUGGCCAACUGUUCCUGGCCUCAGUUCCAUGACUGAAAUUUAGCAUUGCUUGUUGGAGACAGAAGGCAGAACAAUGAGUGGUGAGAGUAAGUUACAGAGACAGAUUCAGGCUCCAUGUAAGGAAGAACUUGCAAACAGUGAGGGCUGUAGAAUGGGCUGCCUGGGGUGAAUGGAUUCCUCUUCACUAAAGAUGCUUGAGAAGAGGCUGCACGGUUGCUCAUUGGAGAUGCAGUAGAGGGGAUCGCCGUCGGAGUUUAUAGGUUAGACUAGAUUGCUCCCGUGAGGGCCUUUACAACUCUGAGAAUGUGAUUCUUCCUCUGUUCACUUGGGCACUUCUGCCCUGGACCAGUUGCAGUUGCUACCUUCGAUCCAAGACCUGUUCACUUGGACUGUAACCUAGACCCCAUCCUUCCAGAGCCUUUGACAGGCUCCCAGUCAUGCUGUAGUCAGCUCCAUUUGCAAGCUGAGAUUCUGGUUAAUCACUCCUUAAUUUAACUAGAGUUCUACAUGGGAAGCUCACUAUGAUUUCUCUGAGACAGAAGCUCUCAGUGUUCUGUGCGUUGCUGGCUUUGCUGUUGUAGUGGUUAGCUGUUGUGCUUAGCCGCAAAUUUGUGCCUAAAGGUCCUCAUUGAAGGAUUUGUUCUAACUUCCAUUGGCUUGUUAUAUAAUCAAGAGAAGCUGUUGAUUUGUCUUCUGAGCUUGCUCUGCUUUGUCCAAAAGGAGCUAUGCCUUUUCCCCCUUUAUAUAUUGUUGCAUGGGAAAGGCAACCCCUGCUUACCUAAGACCAGUAAGGAAAAAGUGGAAAAGAGGGUAGUGUGGCCCCCUGCUUAUGCCCCACUGGCCGAACCCUGUAGAGUUUAUGCAGGAUCUUACCCUUAGUACAAGUGAUGUUUUUUAUUGUUAUUUUUUGUUUUUUUCUUCAAGUUCUCUUGCACAGGAAGGGAAGUCUGGUGGAGUGGAAAAAAGCUGGGUUUGGAGUCCCAGGGCCCGAGUUCAAGACUUUGGGCAUCACUCUUUUCCCUAGCUUCAGAUUCCCCACCUGUGAAAUGAGCAGCUAGGUCAAAAGGCUUCUGAGUUCCCCUCUAAUAUAAAGCUCUGAACUCUGAAGCUACUGAAGUUGGGUUUCCUCCCACCCUAGUCCUGAUGCAGAGGCACUGGGGCAUGGUCCAGCUGGCCCCUGGACUUGGCGCAAGAAGACCUAGCUCCACGUCUCUUUUGCCACUUCGUAGUUGGGUGGUGCUCAACAAGGUAGGUCAUAGUUUUGCUUCGAUAACAAAGUGGACUAAUACACGUAAACUGCUCUGUAAGUUGUGAAACAGCGUAUGAUGUCAGCUUUAGUGAUGGUUGUUGUUUUCCCCUGUAGCAAUAGGCUGAGACUUGAGUAGGGUGAAAGGGCACGGUCAUCCUGAGGGACAUCAGAGGCAUCUGUGCCUUUAAGUGAGUUCCUCCUCUGACCCCAUGACCUAAAAUCGAGCAGCUCCAGGGCCUGAGUCCUCAGUCUGAGGAGCCUUGGACCCUGCCCUGCCGCAGCAUCUCUGUUUCUUGGGCCUUCUGAUGCAGAUCCCCUGGAUGCUUGUGCUUUUUGUUCAUCCUCCCAGAUGUUUGGUGAGCAUCUACUGCAGAGACCAUGCCUUGGAGGAAAGUUUCCAGGGACCAUCAAAAGGUAGCUGCUUUCUGGGAGGGUGAAGAGAGCAGAACGUGGUCUGGGCUGUCCUAGACUUGCUGCUCUCCAGGUGACAGUAAUACAGGUCCUGCCUAACACCAGUAAGGGGAAAGGCGGGGUGGGGAAGAGGGGGGGUGCAGCCCCACUGGCUGAACCCUGAAGAGUUUAUACAAGGCCUUGUACUUAGUACAAGUAAUGUUUAGUUAAAUAAAUGUUUGGU